ACGUGCGUCGUUCGGGAAAUGCGAAUGUAAUCGUUUGAUAAAUAAAAAUCCUCAGUAUACUUAGAACUUGCGUGGUUGACUGACUGGUGAAGUAUUAUCAGAAUCGUUCACAGGAAGUCUCUUGUUUUAAAUUUAUUACACAGUAGCCGCAGGUCAAUUAUAAGAAAACAAAAAUGUUGAAACAACAUCUUGAUAUGAUCGGAAGGAACGAGCCAAUCCAGAGAAAAGCCAAAUUCUGGCAAUCCUACGUCAGAGCAUUAAAAGGAUCGGACGACAUGAGGGCACCGGAAAUCACACACUACCACACUCCCGGCAGCAGAGGAGUGUUCAGACCGAUCUUGAGCGCCGAUUACCCGACAUGGCCCAGCUUCAAGUCCAUCUACGACGACCCCGUGCACCCGACCGACAGGAUCAACACACCCGGAUACCGUUACCUGCCGAUCUCCAGGGACACAUACGGCAUCUCGCCCAGGAACAUUUACCCACACAACUACCACUCCGACCGCUAUCCGACAUACGAUCCAUAUCACACCGAACCGUUCAAAGCGCUACAAGACUGGACGGAUCAUUUGAACCGCAUGGAUGCAUUGAACAAAAUAUUCCCCGGAGACCAUCCGGCGUACUACGAACCAAAGAAACCCUUACCGCUGCCCGAGAGACGAGCCAAGUCCCUACCGCCGCCCAUCAGAGGUUACAAUUACUCAGGAUUACCUAUUUUCUCGACCGGCGGUGUUAAGAGACGACCUUUGUCCGAGUUGUUUGAGCCCAGCGUAUACACUCCCCGAUCCAGAUACGUCCGGGACCCGUGGUGGUGGGAGUACCCGCACCUGAAACCGUAUACUCCAAUCAGUUCGUCGUACAGGCCGCCCGCAAAAUCAUACCUGAGAGACAGCUACUUGUCGCCGGUGAAGAGGACAUACUUGUGGGGACACCACCCCAUUAGGCUCUUCACUCCAAGCUACUAUUAUUGAAAAAAAAAAAUAUGAACUAUUCAAUGGAUCAGCGUCAUCUCCACGAACCUUUCGAACAAGCAACAAUACGCAACUCGUGAAAAAUACAUUACUACUUCAAAAUAAUAUAUUAAAAUCCAUUGACUACGUUAUUUAUUAUUUAUUAAACGUAUUGACACACU